AUGGUGGAGAUCCUCUCGGCUCGUCCGCCCACACCUCCAAGGACAGCUUCACGAUCUGUUGAUGAAAACCGAACAGAGUCCGCUGUUCAAACCCCCAAGGAGUCGCCCUUCGUGGCCUUUGGGUCCGCUGGAGCCAUUUCAUCGAAUCGGAGCUCUAAACGUGUGAAUUUCUCACCAUGGCCCAACUUCAUCAAGCCGCCGACGUUUACUAGUGCCUCGAAAUCGGUUCCAGACCUCAAAUCCAACCCUCCGUCGACCGAUUCGAAGCCCGCGAAAUCGAUCCUUAAGGCCACGCAGUCACCAAUUCCAGUUUGGUCACCUAAUGUCGAUACUUUUACCACCGAAUCGCUCGCUAUGUUACUUGAAUCAGUGAUUCAACAACUCGCAGGCGAGUCACUCAGCUCGCGACUCGAUGCCUACAUGCAAUUCUUUGGAGCACUUCGGACAUAUGAUGGACUUCCCGCCGGGCAGGACAUUGCCGAGAAGUUGAAUAUUGUGACAGAAUUCAUCCAGCGCGAUGUGAAUCGAGACCUCGCAAAUGGCGAACCUAUGGACACAAAUCUUGCCAACCAAGCUUUGAAGCUGUCGGCUGCAUUUGUCUGGCACGCCGAUAUCUCAACUCAACUUUCGGAUGACUUCAAGAUAUUUCUGGUGGAUCACUCCAUCAAUUGUCUUAACGAGGCCAAGGUUCCCAAAUCUGUUUUGUCGCACUAUAUGUCCAUUUUGUCGACCCAGAACUUCGGUGCGAAGAUCAUGACAGGCGCUCGCAUCACGCGUCUUCUUACCGUCCUCCAAGACAUCACAAAAAAUAUUCCUGGCAACGCGAUUAUCUCUCAUCGAUUGAACAUAUAUCAACGCCUGCUCAGUCAAGCCAAGUCAGGUUUCAUCACUCAAACACACUUAUGGAUAGAACACCUUAUAUCUGGUCUGCUUCAUCAUUUGAAAGAUACAAGAUCAAAAGCGAUUGCCCUUGGAUUUCAGAUUACCGCAGAAGCCGGUCCGAAUCCUAUUUUGUCGAAAAAUAUCCGGGAGCUUUUCGACCGGACACUCGAGCAUGACCGAAAACUAGUCACAGAGAUCCGUGAGCGAAUGGCUCGAAUGAUGUCGUCUGUGGAAAGCGGUGUUCAUGUCCCUCAAAUUUGGAGCAUCAUCAUUUUACUGCUCAGGAGCAAAAGAUGGAAUCUGGAACAAUGGGAUCACUUUAAGGAAUGGGUUUUGGUACUACAAAAAUGCUUCAACUGCAGCGAAGCUGCUAUCAAAGCACAGGCCAUCGUGGGGUGGAAUCGAUUCAUCUAUGCCGUCGGUCCCAGCGACUCGACAAGUCGCUCGUUGCUUAAAAUGCUGGGUAAACCAGUGCUCUCGCAAUUCGACCGCAAAAAGAGUGACAAGGCCGGAUCGCCGCCAACUCAGCUUGCUCUGACAAGUUAUCACAGCCUGCUAUACUACACAUUCCGCCCUUCUGCUUCUAGCGAGCAUCUUGACAUUAUAUGGGAGGAAUACGUUCUUGUGCCUUCUUCGGGCAUCUUUUCGACUGUACCCGCGCUCAGUGAUUGUCUAUCUCGCAUAUUGACAAAUAUUCUGUGGAGCACGCAGGCUAAGCUUUGGACUGAGGGUCGAAUCAACGACACUAAUAAAAUUGAGGCCGAAGAACUUCCUGCGGCCGAUAGUCGUUGGGUUCGAUCAAGAAUUUCGUCAAUUUUGAAGGUUUUCGAGAACCUGUUCAAGUCUUCAGUCUGGGUUGACACCGCAAUUGAAUCGUCACAUAUCGCUAUGGCCUGGAUUAAUCUGUCCAACGCCUUGUCGCUUGCCUCCAGCAAGGAAAUCACACCCUCCGGUGAGUCGAUGCAAGCUGUGGCAGGUGUUCUUGGUUUGUUGCAUCGUCUUUGGACUACCGGGCCACCUUCUCUGAACGCUGUCGGAAAUGACACGAACCUUUUCUUUGAGAGAUUCCGCUUCCUGUCCACGACCAUGAUUGUUGCUCUCGGCGGCAUCCCAUUCACUGAGAAGCUUCUCUUAAGAAGUACUGACGAAACAUUCCAAACUGCCACCACUCCAACGCAUCGUCACACCCAACCAGGCACCAAUCUUAACAGUCCUAUUCUUCAUCUUCUCCGGACGAUCACCAGCAGUACAGGAACAGUAUUACCAACGGAAUCCUAUGCACGCUUAGUCAUGGGUACCAUCGAAGCUGCCUGUAACAGCAGAAUCUCCCGUGGAUCUCGACUUGAGCUUUUGCGACAGUGUGUAGAAUUGAGCACCGCAGAGACCACCGCUUUGCCUCGCGCGCACCCAUUGUCGGAAGUUGUUUGGAAGUCGGCCGCGCAAGCAGCUUCGAAUGCCCUGCGAUCGUUCCCUAUCGAAUCUGCUCGUGAGCGCGAUGGGUCCGUGUCUCGUGACUACGAGAAUGCCAUCAAAAUCUUGACAUUCGGUCUGGCUUACCCUGCUGUUUUCUCUGACUGGUCUCAUUUGCUUGAUUCAUUCGUCCAUGUAGUUCGAACGGAAAAAGGAAAUCAGGCAAUCGCCACCAUGAUUGUAGAACCCAUGGCUGAACACCUCAUGGUUCUCCCAGCUGGUGAUACCUAUCUUCCGUCAACCUCGCUGUUUUGUCACUCUUUGUCUAUUCCAUUCCUGCAAGGCACUGGACUAGGUAUCGCACGUGAUGGAAUUCAGUCAGUCGGACAUUCUCUUUUCCCCCAUAAACUUAUCGAGUCGAUUUCUCGUACUUUGUGUGGUGCAUAUGACGAGUUCAAGGCCCCUGGUGUACCCGGUCUCGCAGAUUUCAUUGAAGCAUUGACAUCUUUCUUGGGCUCUGGCAUUCCGCAAUUCCGCUCUCGGCUUCUCCAAAGUCUGGAGUCACCACUGAGCGUCUGGCUUGAGGAUAAGUCUUACAAGAUCGACGUUGAUUCCGGUGUUGAUAGUAGGAUUAUUACUGCGUGUCGUGCCCUUUCUUCUGCAGGAGUCAGCAUCAUACAAGCAUCAAUUACGGAUAAUUUAUCAAUUGUGAGCAAGUUCCAGGCGACCUUCUGCGCUGGUUUGAAAUCAUCGCACACUUCGAUUAGCAAGAGGUUUGUCGAACUUUGGCACUCAACCUUCGACUCCCAGCCUACUGUCUGUCCGGACAGUAUUCUGGAAGCUGUGCAGACUGCUGAAUUCAAGCUUCAGAGCAUCGCUCCGCCAUUAGAUGGUGAUCAGGACACUGAAAUGCUGCCUCCGCCUGCUCCAGAGAGGAACAAUCGGCGUAGAGGCAAACUUGGGGCCAGUCAAGACACUCUCAAUUCAUCUCCUGUGGUGCGGACGCAGGAAUCAAUUGCUUCGAAUGGGCUGAAUGAGCCCCAAUUGCCUAGCAACUUCCAACUUGGAGUUCCGGACACGGAAAUCUUUGGAGGUGCUGCUGUGGCCAAAAAGCGUCGCAACCGUCGUGAAGUGUUUUCGAUGAUCGAGUCCAUCCAGUCGUCUUCGCCUGCCAACUCCCCUCGGAAAUUAGGUUUCAACACCCCUCCUCAUUUGCGCCGGCUACAGUCAUCUGAAUCAGCAUCCGAGAUUCCAAUAACCCCCACACUUGCGCCAACCGAGAAUGAAGAGGGAUUCAUUGGAUCAUCCCCUACACCCGCGACACGGGAUCCAACACCUGCCGUAAACACUGACACUUCUGUGUCUGCACUCCAGGAUUCCAAUGCCAUUCAGGGAACAGAUCUUCCAUCCUCUCCUCCUGAGAUUCACUCUCGAAGUCCAAGCCCAUCAAAGGGUCGGAAGCAGUCCAGAAGCGCUCGGCGAAAGGCCGCAAAGGCUGCGAAGGUUCUGGCAGGCCCUUCGGGUAAACAAUCCACUGUUAAUAGUCCCGCUACUUCGCGACUUGCUACAGAGGAGAGGAAUGAUGCUCCCACGAUUAAUUAUCAUGAUCAAGACAAGGAAAAUGCAGAUGCCACCCCCCGAGCCAUUUCAACAACCGCGAGCAGACGUCUUCGAUCAGGAUUGAAUCAAGAAGCAGCCACUUCCCAAGACCUUUCCCAUGUUGAUGUACCUGAUUCUCAGGAAACUCCAGUUCAAAAACCUGUCCGCAAGAGUAAAUCAAACUCUAGCUCUAAGAAAAAGAAGCAAGCAAGUCCCCAGCCUGCGGCAGAGGAGAACCAGCAACUUACGGAUCCGCCUCCGGACAUCAACCUUCCCGAUGCCUUCAUGGAUUCAGGCGAGGAAGUCGACACGCAAAUUCAAUCUCAGCUUGAACAGGAUUUGGAAUUUGCCGUUGACAUGGAUGGGCAGCCUCAAAGCAAGCCCUCAACCACUUCUUCCCAGCAGUCAACCGCAAGGAAGAGAAAGCGUGUUGAAGAAGAGCCUAGCGCAUCGAAGCGAAAUGACAGACGUCGCUCAACGCGACUGACCACUGGAAAGGAUGGUGAUGGCAUGGCAGAAGAUCUGGAUGAUUCUCGCUCUCAAGGAUCUACUGUCACUGAGCAAAUUGGACCAGUCUCAUCUCCCACUGCCACUCGACGAUCUGCCCGUCAUUCUCAACGCAAAGUGGAAGAAAAUCCUCCUGCAGAGGUAGUUCAUGCUACUCAAGGGUCAGUUGCGGAGGAGCCAACAGAAGAUACAGAGACUCCAAGACCUUCAAAGCGGUCCCGCAAAUCACUGCGUCUCGACGAGCAGCGUCCCUCCACUGCUGUGGAACUCGGUGUUCCCAGUGAUACCAUCCCCGAGAAACGCAAACGCAAGACGCGGUCUCAACAAAAUAUGUCUCAGCCUUCUGCAGUUUCUUCCGAAGUCCUGGAACAAGUCCAACCUCAUGAUGGCGAUCAAGAUGUGGUUCCUGAGAGCUUUGUAGCCGAGGAUCAAGCUGUGGAACAGAGCAUUCCUUAUGUUUCUACUGAGGCGGCAACGGACAGUCAAAUGAGCGAUAUUCACGAAACGAUUGAGCCUGCUCCAGCCGUUGAUACGAAAAUGGAGAUGGAUGACGCGAUCCCUAGCCAGCAACCCGAGCAGCCCGCCAAUCCUGCCACUCCUGCCACUCCGGGUACACAAAUAGAGGACACAUCCACUGGGCCUCAAACACACAUCAACGAAGCAAGCAUUACCCAGUCUCUCAGGACACUCCUAGGAGAUAUGAAGCUGGCAACUCUGGACCCUAACUCCAUCCGUGAGGUCGAUGAUCUCCUCUUCCAUAUUCGUGUCGAAUCACUUCGUGCAUUAGAUCGACACAACAAUUCAGCAUAG